GAGAGUAAUAACGGUUGUGUUGGGCCGGGAGGUAGAGGGCAGCACCACCACAACACAGCUGACCGCCACUCUUCACCCCGGCUUUGAAUAUUUUGUUACGUAUAAUCUAACAUUUGUGUACAGGCCGUGGCCAGUUUGCCCUGACAUACAUCUGCCGAUAAGUUAUACAAACAUGACAAAGAUGAGUGAGUCUCGCAUGGAAUUUCGUCUUAAGAACACGCCGGGUGACUGUAUACAAAGUGUGAAAUUUGGGCCUUCGUCGUCACAGUUUCUUCUAGUCGCAUCAUGGGAUAAAAGUGUUCGCCUCUUUGAUGUUGUCAAUAACAACAUGCGAUUACAAUACCAGCACUCGGGUCCAGUGCUUGACUGCUGUUUCCAGGAUGCAGUACAUGCCUACAGCGGAGGCUUAGACGGCCACCUCAAAACAUUUGAUCUCAACACAAACACAGAAUCAGUAGUUGGUACCCAUGAUGCCCCUAUAAGAUGUGUUGAGUUUUGUCCAGAAGUGAAUGUGGUGAUUACUGGAUCGUGGGAUUCCAAUGUAAAACUUUGGGAUCCACGUGGACCACGUGAGGCAGGCACCUUUCAACAACCCAACAAGGUCUACACAAUGGGUCUUAGUGGAGAGAAGCUUGUGGUGGGGACAUCCAACAGAAAAGUGAUGGUGUGGGAUUUACGCAACAUGGGCUUUGCUCAGCAACGCCGAGAGUCCUCACUUAAGUAUCAGACCCGCUGUAUUCAGUGCUUCCCAAAUAAACAGGGGUAUGUAGUGUCAAGUAUUGAAGGUCGGGUUGCAGUAGAGUACCUUGACCCUAGCUCAGAGGUUCAGAAAAAGAAGUAUGCUUUCAAGUGCCACAGACUCAAAGAAGAUGGGAUUGAGAAAAUAUUUCCAGUUAAUGCUAUCAGUUUUCACAAUGGAUACAACACAUUUGCUACCGGUGGUUCUGAUGGAUAUGUUAAUAUCUGGGAUGGGUUCAACAAGAAGAGGUUGUGUCAGUUUCACCGCUACCCAACCUCCAUAUCCUCUCUUUGCUUCAGUAAUGAUGGUAACACACUUGCUAUUGCUUGUUCCUACAUGUACGAGCAAGAGCAGAUAGAUCCUAUGCCAGAAGAUUGUAUCUUCAUCCGUCGUGUGACAGACCAGGAAACUAAACCCAAAUAAGUAGAUGUAGAGCAGCAGGAAGCCACAGUCGUCCACCCAAUAAUCAUCCCUCUCGUAUAUUUUACCGCUGAGGGGCAGUCCAUAACACGGGUCCAAUGUGUGUUGGUGGGCUGGUGGGACAUAGCACUCAUAGUUCAGUACCUUUUUUUUCUAAAAGAUGGUGCCAAAAAAUGCCAUUGUAAAUAUAUGAAAAUUUAACAACAAAUUUCAUUAUGAUUUGGCUGGAAAUAGUUUGCUACAUGUACUUUUUUAGAACUGUUUGAUAACUUUCUUUUGUCAUUAGAAAACUAUUUCAUAAAUGUCGAGAAAUUUUGCUAGAAAUUGUUUAAUAGGCAUUUGUGAUGUAAAGUUUUGUUAUUGAACUAAAAUGAAAAUGUUAGCUGGAUAAUUUAUUCAAUGAUUUGAUAAACUUUAAAAUAAUGGGCCUAUGGUUCUGGAGUAUGGUUCAACUUUGAAUAAGUGUCUGGAGUUGAAGUUUUAUAAAAAAAAAUGUUUUUUUUGAAUGACAAUUAUGGAAAUAAAAAGAAGUCGGCUGUAUGAAAUGGUCAGUUUUAA